AUGACAUUUGGCUCUUCUCUGGCUCAGAUCUGGCUCUUCUCUGGCUCAGAUCUGGCUCUUCUCUGGCUCAGAUCUGGCUCUUCUCUGGGUCAGAUCUGGCUCUUCUCUGGGUCAGAUCUGGCUCUUCUCUGGGUCAGAUCUGGCUCUUCUCUCAGGUCAGAUCUGGCUCUUCUCUGGCUCAGAUCUGGCUCUUCUCUGGCUCAGAUCUGGCUCUUCUCUGGGUCAGAUCUGGCUCUUCUCUGGGUCAGAUCUGGCUCUUCUCUGGGUCAGAUCUGGCUCUUCUCUGGCUCAGAUCUGGCUCUUCUCUCAGGUCAGAUCUGGCUCUUCUCUGGCUCAGAUCUGGCUCUUCUCUGGCUCAGAUCUGGCUCUUCUCUGGCUCAGAUAUGGCUCUUCUCUGGCUCAGAUAUGGCUCUUCUCUGGGUCAGAUCUGGCUCUUCUCUGGCUCAGAUCUGGCUCUUCUCUGGCUCAGAUCUGGCUCUUCUCUCAGGUCAGAUCUGGCUCUUCUCUGGCUCAGAUCUGGCUCUUCUCUGGCUCAGAUCUGGCUCUUCUCUGGCUCAGAUCUGGCUCUUCUCUGGGUCAGAUCUGGCUCUUCUCUGGCUCAGAUCUGGCUCUUCUCUGGCUCAGAUGGCUCUCUCUGGCUCGAUAUGGCUCUUCUCUGGCUCAGAUCUGGCUCUUCUCUGGCUCAGAUCUGGCUCUUCUCUGGCUCAGAUCUGGCUCUUCUCUCAGGUCAGAUCUGGCUCUUCUGGCUUCUCUGGCUCAGAUCUGGCUCUUCUCUGGCUCAGAUCUGGCUCUUCUUGGCUCAGAUAUGGCUCUUCUCUGGGUCAGAUCUGGCUCUUCUCUGGCUCAGAUCUGGCUCUUCUCUGGCUCAGAUCUGGCUCUUCUCUGGCUCAGAUCUGGCUCUUCUCUGGCUCAGAUCUGGCUCUUCUCUGGCUCAGAUCUGGCUCUUCUCUGGCUCAGAUCUGGCUCUUCUCUGGGUCAGAUCUGGCUCUUCUCUGGGUCAGAUCUGGCUCUUCUCUGGGUCAGAUCUGGCUCUUCUCUGGUCAGAUCUGGCUCUUCUCUGGCUCAGAUCUGGCUCUGGCUCUUCUCUGGCUCAGAUCUGGCUCUUCUCUGGCUCAGAUCUGGCUCAGAUAUGGCUCUUCUCUGGCUCAGAUAUGGCUCUUCUCUGGGUCAGAUCUAGCUCUUCUCUGGCUCAGAUCUGGCUCUUCUCUGGCUCAGAUCUGGCUCUUCUCUCAGGUCAGAUCUGGCUCUUCUCUGGCUCAGAUCUGGCUCUUCUCUGGCUCAGAUCUGGCUCUUCUCUGGCUCAGAUAUGGCUCUUCUCUGGGUCAGAUCUGGCUCUUCUCUGGCUCAGAUCUGGCUCUUCUCUGGCUCAGAUCUGGCUCUUCUCUGGCUCAGAUCUGGCUCUUCUCUGGGUCAGAUCUGGCUCUUCUCUGGGUCAGAUCUGGCUCUUCUCUGGCUCAGAUCUGGCUCUUCUCUCAGGUCAGAUCUGGCUCUUCUCUGGCUCUUCUCUGGCUCUUCUCUGGCUCAGAUCUGGCUCUUCUCUGGCUCAGAUAUGGCUCUUCUCUGGCUCAGAUAUGGCUCUUCUCUGGGUCAGAUCUGGCUCUUCUCUGGCUCAGAUCUGGCUCUUCUCUGGCUCAGAUCUGGCUCUUCUCUCAGGUCAGAUCUGGCUCUUCUCUGGCUCAGAUCUGGCUCUUCUCUGGCUCAGAUCUGGCUCUUCUCUGGCUCAGAUAUGGCUCUUCUGGGUCAGAUCUGGCUCAGAUCUGGCUCUUCUCUGGCUCAGAUCUGGCUCUUCUCUCAGGUCAGAUCUGGCUCUUCUCUGGCUCAGAUCUGGCUCUUCUCUGGCUCAGAUCUGGCUCUUCUCUGGGUCAGAUCUGGCUCUUCUCUGGGUCAGAUCUGGCUCUUCUCUCAGAUAUGGCUCUUCUCUGGCUCAGAUCUGGCUCUUCUCUCUGGCUCAGAUCUGGCUCUUCUCUGGCUCAGAUCUGGCUCUUCUCUGGUCAGAUCUGGCUCUUCUCUGGCUCAGAUCUGGCUCUUCUCUGGCUCAGAUCUGGCUCUUCUCUGGCUCAGAUCUGGCUCUUCUCUGGCUCAGAUCUGGCUCUUCUCUCAGGUCAGAUCUGGCUCUUCUCUGGCUCAGAUCUGGCUUCUUGUCUGGCUCAGAUCUGGCUCUUCUCUGGCUCAGAUCUGGCUCUUCUCUGGCUCAGAUAUGGCUCUUCUCUGGGUCAGAUCUGGCUCUUCUCUGGGUCAGAUCUUGCUCUUCUCUGGGUCAGAUCUGGCUCUUCUCUGGCUCAGAUCUGGCUCUUCUCUCAGGUCAGAUCUGGCUCUUCUCUGGCUCAGAUCUGGCUCUUCUCUGGCUCAGAUCUGGCUCUUCUCUGGCUCAGAUAUGGCUCUUCUCUGGCUCAGAUCUGGCUCUUCUCUGGGUCAGAUCUGGCUCUUCUCUGGCUCAGAUCUGGCUCUUCUCUCAGGUCAGAUCUGGCUCUUCUCUGGCUCAGAUCUGGCUCUUCUCUGGCUCAGAUCUGGCUCUUCUCUGGCUCAGAUAUGGCUCUUCUCUGGGUCAGAUCUGGCUCUUCUCUGGCUCAGAUCUGGCUCUUCUCUGGCUCAGAUCUGGCUCUUCUCUCAGGUCAGAUCUGGCUCUUCUCUGGCUCAGAUCUGGCUCUUCUCUGGGCUCAGAUCUGGCUCUUCUCUGGCUCAGAUAUGGCUCUUCUCUGGCUCAGAUAUGGCUCUUCUCUGGGUCAGAUCUGGCUCUUCUCUGGCUCAGAUCUGGCUCUUCUCUGGCUCAGAUCUGGCUCUUCUCUCAGGUCAGAUCUGGCUCUUCUCUGGCUCAGAUCUGGCUCUUCUCUGGCUCAGAUCUGGCUCUUCUCUGGCUCAGAUCUGGCUCUUCUCUGGCUCAGAUAUGGCUCUUCUCUGGCUCAGAUAUGGCUCUUCUCUGGGUCAGAUCUGGCUCUUCUCUGGCUCAGAUCUGGCUCUUCUCUGGCUCAGAUCUGGCUCUUCUCUCAGGUCAGAUCUGGCUCUUCUCUGGCUCAGAUCUGGCUCUUCUCUGGCUCAGAUCUGGCUCUUCUCUGGCUCAGAUCUGGCUCUUCUCUGGCUCAGAUCUGGCUCUUCUCUGGCUCAGAUCUGGCUCUUCUCUGGCUCAGAUCUGGCUCUUCUCUGGGUCCUCAGACUUAA